UUUGAAACCUAAAAUCAACUAAAAGUCCAUUUUUAGGGUUAACGUGAAUUAGGGAAAGUGCCAUGGACGAUCCAAAUAAAAGCAAGAAAGAGGAAGCAAAAGAAGUAAAAUAUAGAGGAGUGAGGAGAAGGCCAUGGGGAAAAUAUGCAUCUGAGAUUCGAGACCCUUCAAAGCAAGGUGCACGGUUAUGGCUGGGGACAUUCGAUACAGCGGAGGAAGCUGCUCGAGCUUACGAUCGAGCCGCGUUCAAUAUGCGAGGUCAUAUGGCUAUUUUGAACUUCCCCCAUGAGUACUAUCCUCUACUCGUGGCGGGGUCAUCAUCUCUAAAUCCAUAUCCGUAUCCUCCUCCUCCUCCAUCGUCUGUUGGUAUCAAUAAGAGCUUUGACAAAGGAAGUUCGUCGUCCGGUGGACAGCAAAAGCCCGUUUUCGAGUUUGAGUAUUUGGACGACAGGGUGUUGGAGGAGCUACUUGAAGCUGAAGAGGAGAAGAUUAAGAAGAAGAAAUGGAAAGAUUGA